UGUCAAAACAAAGUGGAAAAGAGAGCAUAGUGGAAAACAACGCAAAACAAAUUUGUGAAGCCAUAUUUUUUGCAAACAAAAUAGAUUAAAGUUUUUAUUUAUUCAAUCAUGGGAAUAUGUCUCUCCUGCUGCGGCCAAAGCGCCGAGGAAACAAACCUCAUGCCAUCGCAGGAUGAGCGACGGCAGCAGCAGUUAGAGGCAGCGGAAAAGCGUCGCCAGGAAAACGAGUCCAGGGGCAUAAAAAAUGUAGACAGUGUACGGCGACAGCAGCAAAGGGCUGAGGAUCUGGCACGUCGCGAGGAGGAGGCCGCCCGACAGGGUCAAGGUCAAUCAAACCUAAGAUGGCAAACGAGCUAAAAGAGAACCAGAAGCUGCCAUCGAUAUUCUGUGGCGAUGGCUUGGAAAGCAGCUAUCACCUCCUGAUAAUUGUCAUGCACUUGGCAUUUUACAUUUAUCCGUAUUUUUACUGUACUGUAUAUACACUUUGUUUUAGAUCUUUGAUCUUGUCUACUGUUUAUAAAUUCCACCUUAAUAGCACUCUCAGAGUUUUCUAGCAAGCGCGAUGUCUGUGAAUCGAAAUUUUCUACCAAAUAAUAAAAGACCAAAUUGUUGUCAGUGAUGAAAACCUUAAAAA